GUGCGGGAUGCUGAAUUGUAGGUGAUGAUGGCGGAAAGGGAGCGACGCUGAGUUCCACCCGAGUUUUUACCCCAGCUGUGAAAACCACCCACAACCACCGUUUCUCUCCGUCGACACCUAUCCCGAGGCCAUGGGGAACGAGGCCAGCAUGGAGGGGGAGGGACAGGCGGGACAGCCCGGCGCCGCUGUCCCUGCAGCGGGGGUGCUGAAUUCCAUUUCAGCACCACCGGACUCUGGACAGGUCCUCAAGCCCAGCAAUGGAGCACCAGCCGGAGGAAGUGGGGCUGCGUCCGGGCCGGGGAUUAACAGACAACCUCCAUCAGACACUGGGCCUAAAGCAGGAAUGCAAAGCACCCACGGAGCGGGCGACAGGUUGGCCUUCCACGAUUCCAGUCAACAUGCUGCGUCUCAAGGGGAGCAGGGACAGGGUCAUGUGUCCAGGAAGAAUCUGCAGGUCGACUUGGGCGGCGGCAGAACCGGAAGGUCCCCUUCUGCAUCCCCAGACCGUGGGAGCGUCCCUACUUCCCCUUAUUCUGUGCCUCAAAUUGCUCCGAUGCCCAGCAGCAAACUUUGUCCUGUCUGCAAAACCACCGACCUGAUGGGUAAUGGGGACGACAAACCCAGCUUCAACACCUGCACACAGUGCCACUCCAUGGUGUGCAACCAGUGUGGCUUCAACCCCAACCCUCAUCUUACAGAGGUGCAGGAGUGGCUAUGUCUGAACUGUCAGAUGCAGAGAGCUCUGGGGAUGGAUAUGACCACACCACGCUCCAAAAGUCAACAACAGAUCCAUUCUCCUUCUCAUCCAACCCAGCCUGAGCCCAAACCUGAUGCUACUAAUCAUCCUCCACCUCAGUCACAACCCAUCCCUCAGAAACAACCUAUUGCUCCAGCCCAUCCAGCACCUGACCCAACCAAACAGCCUGCUCCAGGUGGCCCCAGUCAUCAACAGCCCAAAUUGCCACCAGGAGCAGUUCCUCUCCCUGGGAUGGCCAAGGCUCCAUCCCAGCCGGAUCUCUCUCGAGGCUCACCUGCCCACCAGCCCCAACACCCCCGCAAAGAUCAGACCCGUAGUGCGGGAAGCUCCCCAUCACGGCAGCCCCCACCCCCAGAGCAGACAUUUGGAAAGCUCUUUGGCUUUGGUGCCUCCCUUCUAAACCAAGCCAGCACUCUUAUAUCUGAAACUACUCAACCCCAGCAACAACAGGCCCCAAAACCAGCUCCCAAACCUGGGGGGCCUCCUGGUCCAGGACCAGGAGCUGAUAAAUCUUCAGCACAGUCCACACAACAAGGGCCACAGGCCCCGCCACAGCAACAGCGGCAUGCUCCCCCCGAGGCCUCUAAGCCCAAAGCCUCCUGUCCCCUCUGUAAGACCAACCUUAACAUUGGCAACACAACAGAGGAACCAAACUACAACACCUGCACUCAGUGUCACUCCCAGGUGUGCAAUAUGUGUGGAUUCAAUCCCACUCCACACUUACUUGAGAAGAAAGAAUGGCUCUGCUUAAACUGCCAAACACAGCGCGCUCUGUCAGGAAGCUUGGGUGAUAUUCCAACUCCUGUGGCCCCCUCUAUGGGAUCUCCUCGGGCACCUGCUCCAUCCAAACAACAAACACCUCAGCAGAAAGCUUCCACUCAAGUUUUAGGACCUAGGUCUGCAGGUCCUCAACAACAGAAGUCUGCGGGUCCCCAAGUAAGUGGCCCCCCCUCUAAUGUGAAACAGGCUGGGCCUGCUCCUCAAUCGAAAGGGCUCAGCCAAACCCCAUCUCAAACUAAAGGUUUAGUUCAUCCACCCUCCCAAGCAAAGAGUCAAACACAGCCCUCAACACAGAAUAAGGGGCCAGCUCAGAGUAAAGGUCCAAGCCAGGCACAUGCUCAAACUAAGGCCCCGACACUGCCUGCUAACCAAGUGAAGGGCCCAAGUCAGGCCAAAGGGCCGACUCAGGCAAAAGGAUCUGCUCAGCCCUCUGCUCAGACUAAGGGCCCUUCUCAUCCCCCUGGUACUAAGGCUUCAUCUGGUCCUGGUAAAGCUGCUCCUAACACUACCAAGGCUCCUACUCCUUCAAAAGUUCCUACUCAGUCUAAACCCACAGGUAACAACCAGGCCCGCAAACAACCGCAAAGCCAGGAGAAGACUAAAGUCGCAUCUAAAUCUCUGAAAGAAGAUGCAAAAGUCUCAACUAAGAAGACAUUGUCAGAGACUGUGACUUCCCCACAAGAGAACAAGAUAGCUGAAGAAGACAAGAAGUCAAGACACCAUGAAGACUCAAAUAAAUCAAGUACACAGAGCUUAAGUGACACUGGAUACUCUUCAGAUGGGAUCUCCAGCUCACAAGGGGAGAUAACAGGUCAGAUCCAGGAAGGGGAAAUCAAGCUUAAUGAAAGAGGUGUUUCCAUUCCUUCAGACAUCAAAAAAUUAGAGAGCACUAUGAAGCCUCUGUUUGAAUCAAAGACUGCUACAGAUGCAAAGCAUAGACCGCAUUCCCUUUCUGUGAGGCAAGAGAAAGAACACAUUCCUGAUGAGGAAGCACUAAGGGAUGAAUCAGAGGAUGAUCUAAGUUGUAAACUUCGCCAUGAUUAUGUGGAAGACAGCAGUGAAAGUGGUCUGUCACCCUUGCCAAUAAGACAAAAAAAGUCCCAUAAAGAUUUAACUGAUGAAGAAUAUAUGAGACGGCAGAUUAUGGAGAUGAGUGCUGAUGAAGAAGAAUUAGAAGAAUAUGGAAACCAGAAAACAAAAAAGAAAACUAGUGGAGAUUCAGGUAAAGAGAGGAGGCGACUAUCUCAUCAGUCAAAUAGUUUUGAAGAAGACAAAAAGAUAUCUGAAGGUUCUUUUAAGGCAAAUGAAGAAGAGGAUGUUGUUGUGGCAGGAGGCCUUCGCCGUUUUAAGACUAUUGAGCUAAAUAACACCAACAGCUACAACCGAGACAUUGAACUCAGUAAUGAGCAUGACCUUCGAGAACCUGAGCUUGAAAUGGAGAGUUUGACUGGUUCACCAGAAGAAAGAUCCAAGGGCGAUUAUUCAUCCACCCUUCCUGCCACCACUCCCAGCUACACUUCUGGAACAUCACCGACCUCUGUGUCAUCUAUGGAGGAUGACAGUGACAGCAGCCCUAGUAGAAGAGCAAGGCUUGAAGAAGCAAAACAGCAAAGGAAGGCUCGACAUCGGUCCCACGGCCCUCUGCUUCCCACAAUUGAAGACUCCUCUGAGGAAGAUGAGCUCCGAGAAGAAGAGGAACUGCUUAGAGAACAAGAGCAGAUGAGAGAUCUGGAACAACAGAGAAUUCGAAGUACUGCUCGAAAAACAAAAAGAGAUAAAGAAGAGCUGCGGGCACAAAGGCGCAGAGAACGAUCCAAAACUCCACCCAGUAAUCUUUCCCCUAUUGAGGAUGCAUCACCUACAGAGGAGUUGAGACAAGCUGCAGAGAUGGAGGAGCUCCAUAGAUCAUCCUGUUCUGAAUACUCACCUUCCAUGGACUCAGAAGCAGAAGGUUUUGAGAUGAUUGGUGGAAAGCUUUACAAAUCAGGAAAUGAAUUUAACCUUCCAACCUUCACAUCCCUCUACUCACCAACAGAGAAAACAAUGUUACCAUCUGACAAAACCUUAAAGAGUGCAGAGGAAGUUUAUGAAGAGAUGAUGAGGAAGGCACAACUCAUGCAGAAGCAUGGACAAAAAGGUGCCUCUCAGCCAGAUAGUGGUCAUCAUCUUGAUGCUGGAACAUCCCUAACACCUGGCUCAAGCCCAACACAAGUUACUGCCCCCUUGUCCUUUUCAACAUCAGGCAGUGACUCAAGAAUAGGAGGCAUGCAUGCUACACAGCAUCUGUCUAAAGAAACACAAAACAGAAUGAUGACACAGAGUGCCAAAAUUGAAGGAGUUGUUGGAGUUGCCACCACCAAAGGUCAAAUUACUCAGGCAGCCUCAGGUCGUCAGACUGGAGGUCCAGUGCCUAGUAGCAACAGAGCUGGGUCCCAGAGGCCAACUCAAGCAGUACCUGAUCCUGGAUCAUCCUCAUUGACCUCCAAGGUCUUUUCACUUUUUAAAGGACCCAGCCCCCCAGUCUCUCCAACUACUUCCCCAACACGAAGUCCAACACAUCCAACAUCUGUUCGACCGACUAGCGGUAGUAACAGGCAGCUACCAACCUUGCCCUCUGGUGCGACAACAGCUCCGGCGUCCCAUGGUUCACAGGUACCUCAAAGAACAAUGUCACCUCGUCUUGUACGACAGCAGUCAUCCCAAGAUUCACCUGUGAUGGUCAUAACACUAGGCUCUGAAAAGCCCAGCCCUGGCAAGCCAAUUACUGUGAAUUCAUCCACUUCCCCCAUAUCGUCACCAACAGAGGCCAGUUGUAAAACCUUGUAUGGCUCACAACCCCCUCCAACAACCUCUCCAACAUCACCUCAGCUGCAUUCAUAUCAACAGCAAAAGCAAUCUUCACAAAUUGGGCAGAAUAUAGAAAAAGUAAAUGUUGGUGUGAGUGCUGGGAUUACAAGCACACAAAGCCGUGCUUCAAAGGUUGUGGGACAAAGUCUUACCCAGCAAAGUACAAAUGUUGUGGAUCUGAGAGCUCCAUUAAGACCUGCUCCAAUUAUUAUGACAGAUCAAGGAAUGGAUCUAACAUCUCUUGCCUCUGACACAAGAAGAUACUCUUUAGGAACAGAGCAGUCAUCCACCAGACACACAGCAGUGCAGCCUCUUAUUAUGAAUCUCAAUGCACAGGAGCAGCCACAUGUUUCUGUAUCAACACCAACAACAGUGAGUGUAACAGUUGCAGGGUCAAUGUUCAUAUCUCAACCGAAACAACCUGUUGUAUAUGGAGACCCGUUACAGAACCGUGUGGAUCUAGGUCAGGGUGUAGGAUCAGCUGUUUGUUUAACCCAAAGUAAAACACCAGUUACUGAUCCAUCCAUACCCAAAAUUGAUGCCUGUCUGGAAAAUCUGGGCAUACAGCAGCAGCAACUGCAAUUACAGCAGCAAAAACUCUUGCAGCAGCAACAGCUUCUGGAACAGCAGCUCCAACAGCAUCAACAGCAGUCCUCUUUUGCUCGUUACAAUUUAGCCAAUCAAGUACAGCCACUGUUAGUAAAAAAAGACAUUGUAGUUUCCCAAACAAGCAGUGACCAACCUGUGGUGACAGCUAGUACCAUACCUAGAGUUUCUCCUCUUGCGCCACCAUCAGCGUCUGGGACUCUCGCUUCUAAUGUAUCCCUUGAAAUGUAUGGUGGAGUUGCCUUAGAGCUAAAAAAUAAGCCAACUGUUAUAAAUCUAUCAACAGGAAAACCGCAUAUAAUGAUGGUACAACUUGAUGAGAGUAACGCUUCAAAACAUGCCGUAGUGACUCAACUAGUUAAGCAAGAAGAGCAGACCCCUGCACCACCACCUCCUCCUCAGGUUUUAGAUUUAACUGGACAACUAAAACAAGAAAGCCAAGCAGUUUGUUGUGAUGUUGUUUACAAAUUGCCCUUUGCUGGUACCUGUUCAGGGACAUUCUCUCAGAAACAGACGGCAGGGCUGUCAGAUAAAAAUCCCUGCACUGAAGCUUCUCAAGCAGCACAUCCUCCUCAACCACCACAAUACAUUGUUAGCCAGCAGCAACAAUCACAACAUAAGUCUCAAGUUACACAAGAGGAACACAAACUAUAUCCACCAGCUAUAGCCUCUUCAGGUAGAUUACAAUCCUCUAUGUCUGAUACUAAUCUGCCUUCGAUGAGUGAUGCUGGUACCUACCAGAAUAAUUUCCAGGGUGGUCUGGCUGUAGACCUCAGCAGUAUGAAUCAAGGUUAUCAUGGUGGACACCUGGGCAUGGGAGCACAGUAUGGAUCUUACACAGACUUACGACAACAGGGCGAUUUUACAGGCCCUUCAUUACCUAUUCGUAGAUAUGGCUCCAUGUCAAAUAUUAACUCUGAUCAUGCCAGUGGUUCACGUGAUCUCACAGGAUCACAGGACUCUAAUCUUGCUCAGUAUAGUGCAACAACUGCUAGAGAGAUCAGUCGUAUGUGUGCAGCCCUUAACACUGUAGACCAGUAUGGAAGCCGUUAUGGAAAUAAUGCUGAACUGGCAGCAUAUGGGGCUGCAAGAGGUGGACCUUUAGCCAGAUUAAAUCUCCAGCAAAGCUUAGCAUCAAUAAGGGCAAAUUUGCUUUAUGGACCAGAUAGUAGACAAGCUGUGAAUGGCCAAGCCCUAACAAAUUUAAUUAAUGCAAGACAGGCAAGUAUACGUGCCUUGUACCCAACUUCUAUGAGAGGCGGUGAUGGAAUGAUUUAUUCUACUAUAAAUACUCCCAUUGCUUCAACCUUGCCAAUUACUACACAGCCUGGCCCAGUAAUUCGUCCCAUGCCAAGGGGAAUUUACAGGCCCUAUCCUACAGGUGUAACUGCAGUACCUUUGGCUAGUCUUACCAGAUUGCCUCAAAUGUCUCCCAGAAUGCCUCUCUCCACACAGGGAACAUAUUCAUACCCCACUCCAAACCAGUAUCCUACAUCUGUCACACCAACAGGAAGUGUUGCUGACUUAACCAGCUCCCAACAGGAAACUGCAGUAUACCUUGGGAAGCCUUUAACAACAACACCAGGACCAACAACUGCCACUAUUCCACCAACCCAACCUGCAGCACACUCAAUUACGCAAAGUAUAUCUGCAGCUAGUAUAAAAACCACAGGCGAACAGCAAAUAGAACGUUAUAAAUUAACAUCGCAAAGUAUUGCUUCUCCUUCUCAAGCUCAAGGCCAACCUUUGACUGCCCAACAAUUACAAGCUCAAAUGCAGACACAGCAAUUACCUACACAGAUGGAACCUUUAUCAUUGACUCAAACCCAACCUCAAACACAACAGCCUUGUCAGUCUCAAUCAGUAGUUCUGUCUCAGGGCCAGACACAAGCUGAAACUACUCAGACAUCAAGCUCCAAACUAUCCUCUCCAACUGAUGUGCAAAAAAACAAGGAAGAGGAAAAACUCAAUCAACAACAAGAGCAACUGCUGCAGCUAGAGAGAGAGCGGGUUGAAUUAGAAAAACUGAGGCAGUUGCGACUGCAAGAGGAGUUAGAAAGAGAUCGAAUGGAGCUUCAACGUCACAGAGAAAAAGAACAACUGCUUGUUCAACGGGAAAUUCAAGAACUGCAGACAAUCAAACAUCAAGUUCUCCAGCAACAGCAAGCUGAGAGGGAGACCCAACUGAUAAUGCAAAGAGAACAGUUAGCCCAGCAAAGAAUGCAGCUUGAACAAAUUCAGACUCUACAACAACAGCUUCAGCAGCAAUUAGAGGAGCAGAAAAGGCAAAAGACAGCAGCAGUUGAAGCAGCGGCAGCAGCUGCAGCUGCUGAGGCUGCUGCUGCAUCAGCUGCAGCAGUGGCUGCAGCAACAUCAGCCCAGAGUGCCAUCCAAGGGGUAGUUGUUGGAUCAGGGGCCCCUCAAGGAUUUAUAAUCUGUGAUCAGACUGGUAGAGUCCUUCAGCAAGAUGGACAGAGUGUGCAGUUUUGGCAAGAUGGACAGGUUGUCCAAGCAGUCAUGGCUGCUCGACCAAUUCAUAGCUCCACGUCAGAAAUGUCUUUAAGAAGCAGUGACAAGCAAAGCGAUUCUAAAAUGAUGAAAAAGCAGAAUUCCAUGCCUCGGUUGAGGGAUGGCUCAGAGGAAGAGUCUGCCAAAAGAAUUAUAGAUAGCUGUGUGCAAACAGAUGAUGAGGAUGGUGAGGAAAGGUACUUGAAUAGGCGAAGGAGAACAAGGCGUAUUGCAGACUGCAGUGUACAGACUGAUGAGGAAGACCAGGGAGAAUGGGAACAACAACCAGUGAGGCGUAGACGGUCUCGUGUGUCCAAGCACAGUGAAUCUAGUGCUGAUACAAAAUCUGAUGGCUCCUCCAAGGUAGUUUCUGCAAGUAUAGCUAUUCAGACCACUAAUGACUCAUCAUGUCAAACAGAGUCCGACCUACUCAGCAGAGUUUCACCUGCAAUUCACAUUACCAUGGCAGAGACCUCAAAAGUUGACCUGUUGCAUUAUAUAGCGGCUCCAGAAAGAACUCACAAAGGAGAGAGUCUAGCCUGCCAGACGGAACCAGAGUCACAUUCUCAGGGGGUAGUCACCCCAAAGCUGAGUGUCCCCACAACUAUUAGCCCAUACUCGACAAGUCUUCAUAUAGUAGGUGGUAAUUCAUGUGACACAGCUUCCCCUAGACUCCAAGGAGUGGCAAAGUUUGAAAGGAGGAAACCAGAUCCCUUGGAAAUCAGCUAUCAUCAGCAACAAAAUGAGUCUUCAUCUCGCCAACCCCCAAAAUCUCCCCAAGUACUGUACUCCCCAGUUUCUCCAUUGUCUCCUCAUCGGAUGUUGGAGACAACUUUUGCCUCCCAGGAGAAGCUUAACAAGGCCCAUGUCACACCCCAACAGAAGGCCUUCACUGCAGAAUCUCCGCAACGUCAUCAGUCUUUGCCAAGGCCCAUAAAAAGUGUGCAGCGCUCCAUGUCAGAUCCUAAACCUCUCAGCCCAACAUCAGAGGAUCCUGCCAAGAACCGGUUCUCCCCGUAUCAUCAAGUGCUUUCCAACAGUCAGAUGGGCUCCCUGCAGCAGCAGCAGCAGAACUCUCUGAUGAGGAAAGUAAAGAGGACCCUCCCCAGUCCCCCUCCAGAUGAAGCUCCACUUCCCAUUGUUACUCCAGCACAAAUGUAUAGCUCCCCCAGCAUGUCUCAGAGAGUGCUUCCAAGACCAGCCCAAGGAGUCACCAAGGCUGGCCUUUUGAGCGAAUUAAAAGUGGUGGAGCAAGAGUCAUCUAAGCUCCGUAAGCAGCAGGCUGAACUGGAGGAAGAAGAAAAAGAGAUAGAUGCCAAGCUGCGCUACUUGGAGCUGGGUAUAACUCAGCGUAAGGAAACCAUGGUAAAGGAGAGGGAGAGGAGAGAGUUAGCUUAUCUGCGAUGCAUGGGUGAUGCUCGAGACUAUAUGUCAGACAGUGAACUAAAUAACCUCAGGAUGGCUGCUGCAACUGGAGCCUAUGAUGCUAAUGGUUUACUGACAAGACCUAGUACUGCACCGCUAAGUCAGUUUACCAAUGAUCUUAAUGCAACAUCACAGUAUCCCUCAACCUCUUCUUAUAUGCCAUAUCCAUACCCUCAAAGUCAACCAUCAACACAGCAGCCUGGUUCUGCAUACCAGCCAAUAGGUUUUCAAACUCCUCAGUACCCUCCAUCCUCUGCCCCUCAGCCUGGAACAUUCCAGCCCCAUCCUCCAUCACUUCCUGGUUAUCAGAACCAGGGAACCUACUCCUCCCGCUUGUAUGGCCAGUCCUCCUACCAAAGUGACUUCACUAUGCAGCAGCAUGCUCACCAGGGCUUUCAUUCACCUGGUCAGCCUUUGCCAGGACAGAGCCUUCCCUAUCCAAGUCACAGUUCUUAUCAGCAUGGUCUGACCUACCAGCCACAGGCAGAGAUCCUUACCGUCCAUCAAAGACCAAGGCAAACCUCGUUGGCUGACCUUGAACAAAAACUUCCCACCAAUUAUGAAGUCAUUAGCAACCCAGCAGUUUCAGUGGCCACAUCUGCUCCAGAAAGCAAUUUUGCACCAGCUUACAACAAUGCAUUUGGACAAUACCGCCCACCUGAGCCUGGCCUAACUCACUCUGUGGACAGUCCCACUUCUGCUUAUACUUCAGAUGGUCUGUACACAUCCAACUUGGAGCAGAAUAUUCCAAGAAACUAUGUAAUGAUUGAUGACAUCAGUGAGUUGACUAAAGACAACACUGGUCAUCCUACUGAUGCUCAUGGUCAUUCCAUGGGAGGAAGGUAUCGCAGUGAGAAUGGCUCUGCACGAGGACCUGGCUAUGAGGAGCCUGUUGAUGCUUACGGAAGACCUACAGGAGCAGGUACUUACCAAAGCACAGUUGACAGUCGUACCAGCACCACAGUAAGUGGGGGCUCAUCUUAUUACUACGAUGAUUAUAAACAUCCCUCUCGCUCUGGUGGCCAUAAAAUCUCCUCCAAAAAUCUUGCUCCUGCUGUAGUCUCCUCCAAACGUAGUAAGCACAGGAAACAAGGAAUGGAGCAGAAGAUUUCCAAAUUCUCACCUAUUGAGGAAGCUCGGGAUGUGGAGUCAGACCUUGCUUCUUAUACAAUGCCGACGUCAACUGCAGGCACCUGUCCAGCUGGGUCAAGAUCUAAGAAGCAUCAAGGUGAUGUCAGCUAUGGCAUAAAGAAAAAUGCAUAUGAUCAACAGAAAUAUUAUGGCACCAGCCAUGAGGGUCUCGAAGAGGAUGAUCGCAUGUACAGCUCUGGACGUUCCAGAUCUACUGGCUAUGGUAUGGAUAAGAUUUCCUCCAGGGAUGCAACAGGGCACCGCAGCAAAUCUUAUGAAAGAGAUGCCAUGGAGCGUUCUCAUAGAAGUAGCCGAAGUGGACGUCCUCCAAUGCGAGCUCAGAAUUCAGAAGAGGAGAGUCCACUUAGUCCUGUUGGCAAGCCUGUAGGUAUGGGAAGAAGCUCUGCCAUGUCUGAAGCCCAUGAUGUGAGAAACCAAUAUGGUUCCAGCCAUUCGCUACCAGAUGUGCAAGAUCACCAUAAAAAGGAGCUUCCCCGAAGUCAUGUCUAUAAACCAGAUGAUCCUUAUCUCGUAGAUGACAUGCACUGUGCUGUUUCUGAUAGUGAAGCCUAUCAUUUGGGCCAAGAGGAGACUGACUGGUUUGAAAAACCACGAGAGGCCCGCUCUGAUCGCUCAAGACAUCAUGGGAGCGGAGGUCACUCCUCCACAGGGAGGCGUAGUAAACAUACCUACCAUGACUAUGAUGAGCCUCCAGAAGAAUAUUGUCAACAGGAUGAGUACAACCAGCGCCACCCUUCUUCUUCAUCACGGGAUCAUCGCCACCACGGCAGCAGCUCUGGUAGACACAGUUCGUCCCGCCACUCCUCAGAGGACCCUAAAUCUUCAAGGUCUUCCAGGACCCACCCCAAAGAUCCAUCUGGUCGCACUGAUGGCAGGAUCUCCUCAUCCACCCAAAGGAGGAGUGGUACAGAGUCUCGCUCUGCCCAUGGAAGCCCACGCAACUCAGGCGAGUUCUCUCGUGAGCCUGUUUCUGGUCAUCACCAUGGCACUGGGGGACGAAGCCAAAGAGCUCAAGGUGAUCGGACAACUGGCAGGAGACCAGAUUCUUCCAAGUCACAGAACCUGCAGCCACCUCAGGGACAAGCUGGGCAGCAGCGAUCAGAGGGUCAGGGGCAAACAGGAAGGCAUUCAGGUUCUGAACAACUUGAUGGAAACCAGCAGGUGCAGCAGCAGCAGCAGCAGCAGAGUGUACAACAACAACAACAGCAACAGCCAUCACAGCACAAUCAAAGCCCACAGAGUAACCAGCAAGCUACAAGCGCAGGAGCUGGACCAGGACAGCAACAACAGCAAGCAAGACCUGCACAAACUCCAUCACAGGGACGCCAACCAGGAAUCGGGUCUGCAGCAGGGCAGUCAGCCACGGCAGGAAAAAUAGAUGUCCCUCCUGCUGCUGCUGGCACAGGAAUGAGACCUGCACCAGGAAUCACAGCAGCACCUCCGCCUACUAAAAUAGCCACGCCACCUCUAACCGGCAUUGGCUCUAAGGCAGCUCCUGUUGGAAUCGGAAGCAAGCCUGUAGGAAUAGGAAGCGCUGCAGCAGGUCAGGCCCCAGGUCCAGACGGGGAAAAUGUUCUAACCAAAAUCCUGCAGGGAGGGGCAGCUGAGCAGGCAGGAAAACUGGGAGAUGCUUUGUCUGGACUUGGGAAGAAGUUCACCUCAUUGUGGUGAACAAAAAUUUUGCAAGAGAUGAAGAAAUUAAAUGACAUGGACUAGUUGCUUUGCACCGAAAAACCUAUGAAACCACCUUACAUAUUUUUCACAUCCACCAU